AUGGCAGCACCCCGCGAGCAGCCUGCCUGGCAGCAGCCAGUACCCCGCCCUGAGCUGAAGACCGAGCUGCCGCCAUUGAAGAUCUGGAAUUCGCUGACGAGGUCGAAGACUCCCUUUGUUCCAAUCGACCCGGAAGGGAAGAAGGUUACCUGGUACGCCUGUGGUCCUACGGUCUAUGACGAUGCGCAUCUAGGGCACGCGCGCAACUAUGUCAGCGCGGAUAUCGUGAGACGUAUCUUGCGCGACUAUUUUAAAUAUGAUGUUAAGUAUAUUAUGAACAUAACAGACGUGGACGAUAAGAUCAUUACUAGAGGUAGACAACAGCACCUGUAUAGAGAAUAUGUUGCAAAACACAUUUCCGUUGACCGAGAGCUCGUGGACACGACCAAGGCAGCCUACGAAGCCUACCUAACGAAGAACCUACCCCUUCUACCACCAUCGACGACGCCGCAAGAUUUCAAAGAUACCGCAGAAAAAGUAUAUGCAGACGUGCUUGGUGGUAAACCGCUCCCGGGCAACACCAAGGCCGGUGAUCCAGAAGCCAAGGUAAAGAUGUAUAUAAACACAGCGUCGUCCGCCGCGGAGGCGCUUACGGUUGCCUCGAGCCCCAAGGGCAGCAUACCUAUAGUUGCAUUCUACGACAAGACGCAAGAUAUACUAUACCCUUACCUUGACGCCUUGAAGGGAUCAACAGUUCAAGGUACAGACCACUCGAUAUUCAGCCUGUUGACGAAGAAAUAUGAAGAGCGCUUUAUGCAGGACGUAAGAGACCUCAACGUUCUUGACCCGGAUGAGAUCACCCGAGUCACGGAGUUUAUGCCUGAUAUUGUGAGCUUUGUGGAGCGAAUAGUCGAGCACAAGUUUGGAUACGUUACCCCUGACGGCUCUGUUUAUUUUGAUAUUGAAAGCUUCGAGGCAGCUGGAAAUAGCUAUGCCCGACUCGAACCCUGGAACCGAAAUGAUACUAGCUUGCAAUCGGAAGGAGAAGGGGCUCUAUCUAACAAACAAGCACAGAAGAAAUCAUCAGCAGACUUUGCCCUCUGGAAGGCCUCGAAAGAGGGUGAACCCAGCUGGCCAAGCCCAUGGGGGAAUGGCCGCCCGGGCUGGCAUAUUGAAUGUUCUGCAAUGGCUUCAGCCAGGCUUGGGAAGCAAAUGGAUAUCCAUUCUGGUGGUAUUGAUUUGGCCUUCCCCCAUCACGACAAUGAGAUUGCUCAGAGUGAAGCGUACUGGAGUCCAACUUGCUCACAUGUGCAGUGGGUUAACUACUUCCUCCACAUGGGACAUCUGUCCAUCCAGGGAUCAAAAAUGUCAAAGUCUUUGAAGAAUUUCACCACUAUUAGAGAUGCUCUUGAAAGGGGGGAUUGGACACCUAGAAGCCUUCGCAUCGUAUUCUUGCUUGGAGGUUGGCGAGACGGGAUUGAAAUUACAGAUGACAUUGUGAAAGCGGGCAACGCCUGGGAGGAGAAGGUGAACAACUUCUUCAUCAGAGUCAAGGACCCUUCCGUUAAGCUUCCAGAGACUACAUCAGAUGAAGAUCUUGCUGCUGCUUUGAAGGCUGCUCAGGAUGGCGUACACAAGCACUUGUGUGACUCGUUCAAUACUGCUGGUGCAAUGUAUGCCAUCUCAGAGCUGAUAACGAAGUUUAACAACACGAGUGAUGCGGCAUUGAGCGUCCAAAACACACAGCCUGUAGCCAAGUGGUUGACGUCCAUGGUCAACAUAUUUGGGCUUAAUGCCAGUGCCGGUCCAGACAGCGAGGAAAUAGGCUGGUAUGGUGACGAGAUUCACCGUGAAGCAAAGCCCUAUGUUUACCCACUAUCUUCGAUACGUGAUUCCUUGCGCCAGGCCGCGAUCGCCAAGACGGGACUUACUAAAGAUGCUGUGAAAACGCUUGUGGAGGAGGGACGAAAGUCUGUAAACCCAGAGCUUCUAGACACUGGAUUUACCAACGCUUUCAGAGAUGUUUUCAACAGCUUCUGCUCCAGCGCAACAUCCAUUGCAGAAUCUAACACCAUGUCCAAAGAGAUCUUAGAUCUCUGCGACAGCCUACGUAACACGAGUUUGUUCGAUCUCGGCGUCUACCUCGAAGACCGAGCUGAUCUACCGGCGCGUGUUCGCCCUGUCACACGAGAUCUGUUGCAGGCCAGACAAGAAGCUGAAACCCGAGCGAGACAAAAGCAGCUAGAAAAGGAGGCUCGAGAGAAAGAGGCGCUUGAGAAGGCUGCGAAGGGAAAGAUAAGCCCCUCGGAUAUGUUCAAGACGAGCGAAUAUAGUGCCUGGGAUGAGGAUGGACUGCCGUUGAAAGACGCAAAGGGUGAAGAGAUUACAAAGAGCCAAAAGAAGAAACUUAAGAAAGAAUGGGACAGGCAGAAAAAGGCGCACGAAACAUGGCUUACUAGCCAGAAGAAGGCUUGA